AUGCAAGCAGCUCUUCGACAAAAACGGCGCAUAAAGCCUGAUCUCUGUAGGUUGGCGAGUUUUCGACAAUGGAAAUCAAACACUCAGUGCAACAUAUCAGCAGCACUUCUUUCUAAAGUUGGAUUCUCAUACACUGGACAAGGUGAUAAAGUUCGAUGCGAAGCCUGUAAAUUGGAAAUUGACUCGUGGAAACCUGGAAUGGAUCCGAGGCAAGAACAUAUGGAACGAAGUCCUCAAUGUCCAUUCGUUCUCGAGCAAAGUGAACUCUUUUCGAAACAAGAUCAAGCGGUAUCGAUUCUCAAAUCGCCAAUAGCUCGUACUAAUGUAUCACGUACUGAUUAUAGAGGAUAUAUGGACGAUGGUGGUGGUAGUCAAAAUCUUCAUAGGGACUCUGAUCAACCAACAAUUGAAAAUUUGUUCAUCAUUUCUCUAUCAACCGAAAUCGUUGACCGUGCUCGAGCCUACACGUUUCUCAACUGGCCGUCGAUUACACCAAGUGCACAAGAAAUGGCUUAUGCAGGUUGGUGGUACACGAACAUAACCGACAGAGUAAUUUGUAUUCAUUGUGAUGCAAUGUUUCACAACUGGAGUGAAACAGAUCGUCCGUACGAAGUUCAUCGUCUGAGGUCUCCGCGAUGCUAUUAUAUUCGUAUGAAUGAAAGUAAACAACCUACCAGUAAUCUACCGCCCAUACCCGUAGCGAACCAAACAAUCAAUGACACACCAAACGGUCAAUCCAUUGUUGGCGCAAUACACGCCGAAUACGCAUUAGUCGUUCGUCGUCAUCAAACAUUUGACAAAUGGCCAGGAAACGGCGAUACUCCACUACCAUCGAUAGAAUCCUUCGUCGACGCCGGAUUUUUUUAUACAGGUGAUAAAACUAUCGUGCGCUGCUUUUACUGUAAUGGAGCUUUGCGAAAUUGGCAAGCUUCAGAUGAUCCGAAAGUCGAACACGCCAGGUGGUUUCCGCAAUGUGCUUAUAUUCGCCAGUACAUUGGUGAAAAUCUUUAUCAAGCUAUUCAACGUAAAAAUCGUGAAAUACGUGCACAACAAAAUCUUCAAAUGAGUAACAGUGGUGCAUCGUCUCAAUACAUUCCGUGGACAAACGAUGAAAUUGACCGGAUGGUCAAGGCUCGUUUAGAUUUGCCUGUUGUCGAAAAACUUCGACAGGAAAAUUACAGCAUGGCAAUCAUUCGAAAAGUUUUUGAAAUGCAACUUCGAUUCAAAAAGGAUGAUUUCAAAACCGACGUCGACCUUCGAGUUGCUUGUCUAAUAUUAGAUAAACAAGUGAAAUUAAUCAAUGGAAAUGAAGGAAAUAUUUUAGUAGCACAACAUUGGAAUCCAAACCUAUUUGCAGCUCAUUCUCUGACAACGACAAAAACAGAAGAGUCACUUUGUGUACUGUGCAUGUCUACAGAUCGUCAGGUCGCAUGUCUUCCAUGUGGCCAUUUGACGAGUUGUGUCGCAUGUGGACAUAGUUUAAAAACCUGUCCGAUUUGUCGAACUGCUGUAAAAGCAUUUGUUCGCAUAUACACAUGA